AUGUCCGGUUUUAUUUCCAAAUUGGAAAAGGCAACUAGGUGGCUACCGGAAGGGAUUUCUACCGAAGAACGGAGUCUUGUUCACAAACUAGACCUGCUCAUCCUCCCUUAUGCUUGUCUGUCGUUUUUCGUCAAAUAUCUUGACGUUUCAGCUCUGACCAAUGCUUAUGUCUCUGGAAUGAAGGAGGACCUCGAUCUAUAUGGUAAUAGGUUAAAUUAUAUCAAUGCAGCUUAUGAGGUUGGAUAUGUCAUUUUCCAGAUUCCCAGCAACCUUGUGCUCAUCAAGUACCCAGCACAGUACUAUCUUCCAGCAGCGGAAUUAUUUUGGGGAAUGUUCACGCUAGGAACCGCAUUUGUGAAAAGCUAUGAGCAACUUGUGGUCAUGCGCUUUUUCGUCGGGCUGAGUGCAACAUCCUGCUAUGUUGGUUUAGUCCAUGUCGUCAACUCAUGGCUUUUCAUCAUUUGUACUGUCAUCACGAUACCGGUCGCAAUUUUAGGCUUUUUUAUCUUUCCUGAUAUGCCCGAUCGUACCAAAUCAAGAUAUCUCAACGAGGAAGAAAAAGCCCUGGCCAGAAAAAGACUGGUCGAUGAAGGGUUCAGACCGUCGACUGGCUUGAAAAAGGAUCUUUUCAAGCGGGUCCUCGCCUCAUGGCGUUUCUAUGCGUUCGUUUCGACUUUGGUGAUAUUUUGCCAAAUGACCUAUGCAGAGGCCACGCCUUUUAUCCUCUGGCUCGACUCUCAGCCUGACAAAUACCCGAUCGCUUUAGUGAACAACUUAUCUACUGUGACAAACGGUGCUGCGGCUGCUGGGGCCUUGAUAAUGAGUUUCUACUCUGACAUUCGCGGGUCAAGACUGGAGCCGAUUAUUCUAUCGGGUGUUCUUUGCAUAUUCACAAACCUGGUUCUUUCAAUCUGGAAUAUUCCAGAUGGCCUCAAGUUCUUUGCUUAUAUUUCAGUCGGGUGGUCGUAUGGAACAAUCCCAGUGCUCAUAACGUGGACGGCAGAAGGCUUGGCAAAUGACUUGGAGCUCAGAGCUGUUUCAUUUGCUACAUACAAUACCAUCGCGGAGAUAUGUGGCUUAGUGAUACCGCUUGUGGCAUGGCCAGUAUCUAAAGCGCCAGGAUUUCGAGGUGGUUUUAUUUGGGCAACUAGUAUAAGUUUCCUUUAUCUUUUGACAGUUUCAUUCACCAUAUUCAAGUUAAGGCAUUCCAGGAAGAACGAAGACAACUCGGAGCUGCAAAAUGGCAUAGAUUCCGAAGAUGUGGACUCGGAGGUCAGAAUCAGCACGAUUGGGAUUGAAACAACCGUCGCCACAGCGAAGGAUGCGAUUGUAUGA